CACUGCACAAAACAUAUGAGCUGAUUACCAAACUGUUUGUCCUUCCUACAAUAUACACUUGAUAGAGCUAUUUAGUGUUCAUCCCAUGUGUGGUGUUCCAUUCAUUUACUCCACUUUUAGGAAUUUACCCAUCAUGUAUAACAUAAACAUAAAUGUUAACAUACCAAAAGUUGGUGUUAUAAAUUCGUGAAUUACUCGCGCCAUUUGCAUUAAGGACCUUUCUGUGUUCAUCUGCUCUUAGAUUAACAGCAUUCAUGACACUCACCAUGAAUUUCAAAGGAGGGUCAAAGAACAGUUGGCAGCCUGUGAUGGGUGCUGAUACAACCACCACAAGCUACUGGUUAAACUGGAGAGUGUUGUUAUGUUGUGUAUGGAUCUUAACAGCAAUGGGUGUGGCUUCAUAUCUCAUAACAAAAUAUGAAAGACCCUUCAAUGGAAAAUCAAGAAACAGAAGUGAUUAUGAUGAUGAUGAUGAAGAUGAAUAUGAUGGUGGUGUGUUGUAUGAUGAUGAAGUUUGGAAACCAUGUUUGAAAGGAAUACAUCCAGCUUGGUUGAUGACUUACAGAAUAUUUGCUUUUGUUGUGCUCUUGAUUUUAAUUACCCUUAAUGCUGUUGUUGAUGGAGGUAGCAUAUUUUACUACUACACACAAUGGACUUUUACAUUGAUUACCAUAUAUUUUGGGAUUGGAUCUUUGUUGUCAAUUUAUGGAUGCUGCCAAAAUCACAACAAAGUUGGUGGUGACAGAAGUGAAGAACAAGAUGAAGAACAACAGGCUGCAGGAGCUGAAAUUACCAAUUUGCCCAAUGCCGCAAAGUACGUGGGCCCCAUCGAUCGUACGCGUCCUCGUCAAGUUGCUGGCUUUUGGGGUUACGUUUUUCAGAUCAUGUUUCAGAUGCAAGCAGGUGCUGUUGUGCUUACAGACUUAGUUUUCUGGUUUAUCAUAGUACCGUUUCUUGCGAUUAAAGAUUAUAAUAUGAACUUUUUCAUUAUCAAUAUGCACUCCGUCAAUGCUGUGUUUUUGCUUGGUGACACUGCUUUGAACAGCUUGCGAUUCCCAUGGUUUCGAAUUGCAUACUUUGUUCUUUGGACGUGCGUUUUUGUUGUCUUCCAGUGGGUCGUUCACGCGUGCAUAGCACUUUGGUGGCCGUAUCCUUUUCUUGAUCUUGCAUCAUCAUUCUCUCCUUUAUGGUACUUAGCAGUGGCGUUACUACACGUACCAUGUUACGGAAUUUUUGUUCUAGUGAUAAAACUGAAGCAUUUUCUCUUGUUGAAAUGGUUUCCUGAUUCGACCCGAUACGUUUUAUGAUCUAUCCAAGUCUCAAAGCGGGCCCACAGGGGCCGAGACGAUGGCUACAUACCCUAGAGAUUGACUGAACACCGCGAUUUUCUUGUGAAACUGAUAAAAUGUUAGAAUGUUAAUAGCAUUUCUAGAAUGUUUGGAAUAUAAUUGUUUGCUGUAACUGUAACGAGCUUAGAGCGUUAUAAAAAGCAUGUUUCUUGAGUGUUUUUAUUUUUUA